AUGAAGUUCAAUAUAGCCCGGGUCACGCCCGCGACCUUUGUACCGGUUGCUGUGAACGAAAAGCAGAACGAUUCCGAGGCGGCUACGCCGUCAUAUGAUCCAAAGGAAGUCAGAGUAUCCUCUGAAAGCCCUGGGGCUGCCGAGUCGGACUCUGAGGGCGUCGAUAAAAAUGCCCAGGCCGGUGUUCAAAAGAUCGAAGCGACCACAUCGGUCUGGAGCAAGAACCAGCUAAUUGUUGCCUAUGUCUUGAUGUUCCUCAUCUACUUUGUCGACUCGAUGCAGCAACAGAUCACCGGCGUCUUGACACCCUAUGUGACCAGCAACUUCCAACUCCACUCGUUGACUGCCACGACUGGGAUCCUGUCCCAGAUCAUCGGAGGUCUAUCGAAACUACCGCUGGCGAAGAUCUUGGACGUCUGGGGCCGGCCGCAAGGCUUCAUCAUUAUGGUCUUUCUGCUCGUCAUCGGUCUCAUCAUGAUGGCUGCUUGCCAGAACGUCGAGACAUACGCUGCCGCCCAGGUGUUCUACUGGGUAGGCUACAACGGUAUCGGCUAUUCCCUGUCGAUCUUCAUUGCAGACACGUCCCAUCUCAAGAACCGAGGGUUGAUGUAUGGCUUCGCGUCGUCGCCGUACAUUGCAACAACCUGGAUCGGUGGCCCAGCAGCGGAGAGCUUCCUCGCCGGCGCAGGCUUCAGGUGGGGAUUCGGAACCUUUGCGAUCGUCACGCCUGUGGUGUGCUCGCUGCUCUUCUUCCUCUUCAUCUUCAACUACCGCCAAGCCAAGAAAGCAGGUCUGAUGCCCGUGGGCGAGAGCAACAGGACAAUCUUGCAGUCAAUCCAGCACUACGCCGUCGAAUUCGACUUGUUCGGCCUGCUCCUCAUCACGGCCGGUCUGGCACUCUUCUUACUGCCCUUCUCGCUCUACUCGUACCAAGCGGACGGGUGGCGCUCGCCCAUGAUCAUCUGCAUGCUGGUCUUCGGCGUCGUUUUGCUCGUUGCAUUCGCCCUCUGGGAGAAAUACCUGGCCCCCAAGAAAUUCAUCCCCUGGGAACUUUUGACUGAUCGGACCGUGCUGGGCGCCAACGUCCUCGCCGCCGUGCUGUUCGUCAGCUUCUACAUCUGGAACGCCUUCUUCUACUCGUUCCUCAUCGUGGUCAACAACCAAACAGUCACCCAUGCCUCGUACAUCACCAACAUCUACAGCAUCGUGGCCUGCUUCUUCGCGAUCCCCGUGGGUCUCUACAUCCGGUGGCGCGGCCGCUUCAAGAACAUCUCCCUGUACUUCGGCCUGCCGAUCACGAUCCUCGGCGUGGCGCUGAUGCUGCGCUUCCGCCAACCCGACACCAAUGUCGGGUACAUCGCCAUGUGCCAGGUGUUCAUCGCCGUCGGGGGCGGCGUGCUCGUCAUCUGCGAACAAAUUGCCGUCAUGGCCGCCGCCUCGCACCAGCACAUCGCCGUCGUGCUGGCCAUCGAGGGCAUGUUCGCCUCCGUCGGUGGGGCUAUCGGCUCCACCAUCGCAACCGCCAUCUGGACGGGCCAGUUCCGCGACAAGCUCCUGCAGUACUUGCCCGUCGAGGCGCGCGGGGACGUCGAUCUCAUCUACGGCGACCUCGUCACGCAGGCGAGUUACCCUCUGGGUUCGCCGACCCGGGACGCCAUCAACAGGGCGUACGGCGACUGUCAGCGAAACAUGCUCAUUGCGUCGACGGCGUUCCUUGCCCUGGCUGUGGUGGCCGUUGCCUUCUGGCGUGAUAUUUACGUCAAGGAUCUCAAGCAGGUGAGGGGCCGGGUUGCUUGA